AGUCUAUUGCGACCUUCUUCACUGAAAAACUGGAAAAUCCGUUCCGGAAAGCUCGGAAAAGCGCUCGUUAAAAUUGAAUUCCGCUGUCAUUUUUCAAUUAAAAUUAAGAUGUGAUAAGUGAAAAACAGUAUUUUUUCGCUCUUAUCAUCACAAUGGAACUUCUUGAUUACGGAUUUGUUGAUUUUAAAGUGUUUGAGUGAACUUUCGAAAGUUUUAAAUUCGGGAAUGAAAAGUAUGCCAAGAAGAUUAACAGAUAUGGAUGCUUUUUGAAUGAAUGCUGUCUCAUCAUCACAAUGAACAACUCAGAUUACUAUCCCUGGGUGCUCCAAAACUCAAGCUACUACAACCUAGAUAAUUGGACGGGGAACUAUAGUUCGGAAUAUUCAGACGCCUGGAAAAAAUGGACUAAACUCAUGCAAGAUAGAGUUGUAGUAGUUAGUCUUCUGUUAAUUUUCUCUAUGUGUACUGUUUUUGGCAAUAUGUUGGUUAUUCUGGCCGUUAUAAGGGAGAGGUAUUUACAUACUCCCACGAAUUACUUUAUAACUUCUUUAGCUGUAGCAGAUUGCCUCGUAGGUUUGGUUGUAAUGCCGUUCAGUGCACUUUACGAGGUACUUGGUCAUACUUGGUUUUUCGGAUCGGAUUGGUGCGACAUCUGGCGAAGUCUGGAUGUUCUCUUUAGCACCGCGUCGAUUCUUAACCUAUGUGUAAUUUCCCUCGAUAGGUAUUGGGCUAUUAAUGAUCCAAUCACUUAUCCCAUGCGUAUGACGAAACUGAGAUCAAUGUUUUUAAUUGCUGCUGUGUGGGUCUGCAGCAGCGCUAUAUCAUUUCCGGCUAUCGGUUGGUGGAGAGCUGUAAGAAAUGCUCCUAUACCAGCAUUUAGUUGCCCUUUCACAGAAAAUUUAGGAUAUUUAAUAUUCUCAUCUACAAUUUCCUUCUAUUUACCAUUAUUUGUUAUGGUAUUCACUUACUUCAGGAUAUACAGAGCCGCGGUAUAUCAAACUAAGUCUUUGAGAUUGGGUACUAAGCACAUUUUAAUGGGCACAGGUACAGGAGAAUUAGGUUUGACAUUGAGAAUACACAGAGGUGGUACUUGUAAAGUUCCCGAAUCCAAAUUGUACUCGACGCAAGAGGACGAACCUUUGACAGCUCUUCAAAAUAAUGGACUUUCGCGAGUUCCGUCUUCCAGACUUAACCAUCACAGUAAAAAUUUUUCGUUGAGCAGAAAGUUUUCGAAAUUUUCGAAAGAGAAAAAGGCUGCAAAAACUUUGGGCAUAGUGAUGGGAGUGUUCGUUAUUUGCUGGUUACCAUUUUUUGUCGUGAACUUAUUGUCCGGUUUCUGUAAACAGUGCAUUAGUAAUGAACGAGUUGUGUUUGCUGUCGUUACGUGGUUGGGAUGGAUCAAUUCCAGUAUGAAUCCCGUAAUCUACGCUUGUUGGAGCAGAGACUUCAGAAGAGCAUUUUUGGAAAUCCUGUGCGUAUGCUGUCCUUUAUCGGUUCAAAUGAAGUAUCAGCCACAUCUCAGGAGCAAACCUAGCCAAGUAAGUCAAACAAUGUACAUGAAAGAGUUCGACCAGAAAGGCGCGGAUAAGAUAAAUGGAGAUGAAUUAGAAAGUUGUUCAAAUAUAAAUAUUACGGAUUUUUGUAUUGAAAUCACUUGAAAAAAGAAUUGCACAUCUUACGUUACUAAUUUCGAAAAUUUGUUAUUUCAGCGCUAUUGCUGAUUCUAACAAAAUAGUAAUAAUAAAUGGGAUAAAUAGGGAUAAUAUUAGAGAAAUUGAUUAUACUAUUUUCCAUUUCUUUUGACUUUUCAAUAGAGAAAAUAUUGGAAAAAUUAUUUGGCAAACUUUCAAGUUCAUUUUAAAAACUGACGAGUAUCGUAUAUCGAUUCUAAUUUAUAACGAAUGCUCUGAUCAGAACUUUUACUUUGUUCGAAACCAAUUGUCUAAUUGUUUCUGAAUUUUAUAGCGAAACUGUUAAUUUAUUUGCUAAGAAAGUGGUCCAUUUUCUCAAAAAGUUUUCAUUAAGAAUGUCUGUUAAAGCGAGGUUGUUAUUUACUAAUUAAUUAUUAAAUAUUCUGAAGACACUUAUAUUAUUAGGUUUAACAGAGAAGCUCUCAAAUAUAUAAUAUAUAAAGCUUCUUUUACGAAGGCGGUUUCACGGAGCAGUAACUUUUCAGAGAUUUCCGCCGUGUAUCUGAUAUCAUCUGUCAAAAUUUUAUAUAAAUCUGAAAAAUAUAUUAGUAUAGAUAUACAUAAAGAAAACUGUAAUAAUUAUUUUUUUCGUGGAAAA